CUGGGGUACAUCAAACAUGUAUCAAGGGAGAAAAGCAAAAAAGGAGUCAUCACCUAAGCCUCUACCUGCACCACCAAAGAGCUGCAACAAAUAUAAGGAAGUGACUGCCAUGAUUGAUACUGGGCCGAACGUGCGCAAGCGACAGGAGGCGCUGGACGUGAUCCGCCAGUACUACCACGUGCGUCCGGACGAGCUGUUCCGGCGCAUCAAGGUCGGCACGCUCGUCACGCUGAUCGUGGAGGUGGCGCGGCUGCGGCUGGAGGCCGCCGCGCCACCUUCGCCGCCCGCCGCCCAUAAGGAGAAGCGCACUGACUUGCAGAGCCUGGUGCAGGGCACCGGCGAGCUGACGGUGUCGGCCGGCGACGCGCCGCCGCCCGCGCCGCCGCCCUCCGUCGACGACCAGCCGUACCUGCUGCUGGACGUGCGCGACGCCGAGUCGUUCGCGCGCGAACACAUCGUGACGGCGCGCCACUACCCGGCCUCGCGGCUGGCGCGCACCAUGAACUACGAGACGGCCGAGAUGUGGCGCUACAAGCGCGGCGCGCACACGGUGGUGGUGGUGUGCGACGAGGAUGAGAUGCUGGCGCAGCGCUGCGCCACCACCCUGGCGCAGCGCGGCUACGACAACGUCUUCAUCCUGAGUGGCGGCCUCAAGGUGGCGCGCAAGAAGUUCCCGUGCGGCUUGCUGACGUCUUGCGAGAAGGCCGCCUUCACCGCCGCUGAUGUGGAGGCACUCAGCGCCUCCCUGGAAGGCUGCUACACCACCCUCGACUCGCCGGCGGGAGCGACCAGCGCUCGCUCGGCGCGCUCUGUCUGCUCCACGGUGCUCCGGCCGGCCCGGCCGGCGGCCGCCAGUACGGACCAGCCCCGCUGGAGGCUGUGACGGGAGCCGGCUUGAGCGGCGCGGCCACCGUCGCCGCCCGCGCCGCCGCGCCAGCUGCAGCCACUGGCCUCGUCCCAUCGUCAGCGGCCCUCUGGGAAGCUCAGCAGCGGCUCGCGCUGUCGGCUGGCUGGCCGUUUGCCACCGCUGGGGCGGUGGGGCUGGGUGUGCCUUAUCACCAUCGCCUGAACUAGCUCCGAACAGUAAUAACACCCACCAGAACAAUGAGCUGGAACCCUUGUUUUGUCGGCACAUGCUUUGCCUUUACUUUGUUUUGUUUUGGAAUAUCCCCAAAGCCAAUUGCUACCCACAGAACAGUGUUUAGUGGCCGCAUUCGCCGUUCGCUAGCUGGUCUCCAUGUUCACGCUGGCGUGUUCCGUUCGAGUUGCGCGCCAGUGGCGCAGGCCCGGGUGAUGGCGCGAGCAGCCGCGUGGCGUCCGAACGCCCGCUGCCGGUCUCUCAGUGUGGGCGGGACCCACCUACAGAGCUCCUAGGCGUCCGAACGCCCGCUGCCGGUCUAUCAGUGUGGGCGAGACCGACCUACAGAGCUCCUAGUCAGUUACGUGCACCGCCUGCCGUCGCGUGGCGGCGGCCUCCGCUCAGGGUACGAGAACCGCUGGUGGCCGGAGGGGCCACGAGGUAGUGAACACGCCCGCCGGUAUGUGGGAUGCCUUCGUCCAGGCGCCCGACGGCCAACAGCGUGAAGGUAUAGCGAAUGACAUCAGUUCCUGUGAUCCAUUGAUCUCAAUAUUCUUGUUGAGUUUUGUUAAUAUACUUUGCCACUUCGUU